CAGUGACAGGCAGUAGUCAGCUCUCCGGCCGCUCGGUGUUGGUAUGAGGAAGAUGCUCUCUCUGAUAUCCAGCGCUCUGAGGCUCAGCGCCGGCAGGACUUCGUUGGCAGUCCAGCGCCUCCUGGCAGCACAGGGCGAAUACGUGGACAUGACCUUAGACCCUGACCCCCCACAGCACCCUAAAAUACACCCCACACCUGUCUCGGGCACACACAGGGUCAAAAGGGACCCUCCGUCAGAGACAUUGGCGCCUUUGGUACCUGUAGAUCUAAUAAGCGUGAAUGAAGCUGUUGAACCGGACUGGACCGAGACUCUGAGGUCAGAACGUUCUCAUAGGGACAAACCUGUGGUCACAGGUCCACCAGCUAAUGGAAGUGCCUCAGUUGGACCUGAGGUGAUAUUGGAUGUGUCAACAAAAGACGAGAUGUUAACAGCUCUAGCGAACACAGAGCUGUUAAUUAGUCAUCCACUAGAUGGCGCUGGGGAUGCAGUAGUUCAGCAGGCGGCCGUGAGCGAAUCCGCAAUAACAGAGCUGUUAGUUAGCAGUGCUGCUUUGGAAGCACCUUCGCCUGUAGAUGGCGCUGCUGGCCAGAAGGCUCCAGACAGGACUGUAUGGGCUACUGCCCAAACCCCUGCGUUGCCCUCAGCUGAGCUGACCCCUCCACUGACCCCCAGCUCGAUGGUCAGGAGGAGCCGGAAUGUUGACCUAACACGCCAUCCAGAGAGCGUCCACAGCCAGGCUGGACACGCUGCCAUCCCAGAGCCACAGCCUGCUGGCAGUAGAGUGGUGGUGUCGGCAAGAACGUAUGCAGACUUCACCCCUCAGGCCACCUUCGACAUUAAGAAAUGUGACCUGCAUAAGCUGGAAGAAGGACCCCCGGUGCAGGCGGUCCUGACGCGAGAAGAGGGCCUGCAGUACUACCGCACCAUGCAGAUCAUGAGGCGCAUGGAGCUGAAGGCAGAUCAGCUCUACAAGCAGAAGAUCAUCAGAGGGUUCUGUCACCUGUACGACGGACAGGAAGCGUGUGCGGUGGGUAUUGAGGCUGGGAUCAAUCUAACCGACCACCUGAUCACGGCCUACAGAGCGCACGGAUACACGCUGACCAGAGGGGGCACCGUCCGCGAGAUCAUGGCUGAGCUCACAGGCCGCCGUGGUGGCAUCGCCAAAGGGAAGGGAGGCUCUAUGCACAUGUACGCCAAAAACUUCUACGGAGGAAACGGGAUCGUUGGAGCUCAGGUGCCUCUUGGAGCAGGUGUAGCGCUGGCCUGCAAGUACCAGGGCAAAAACGAGCUGUGUGUAUGUCUCUAUGGCGACGGAGCAGCCAAUCAGGGUCAGAUAUUUGAGACCUAUAACAUGGCGUCUCUGUGGAAGCUGCCCUGUAUCUUCAUCUGUGAGAAUAACCGGUACGGGAUGGGCACGUCUGUGGAGAGAGCGGCCGCCAGCACUGACUACUAUAAACGAGGGGACUUCAUACCAGGACUGAGGGUGGACGGGAUGGACAUCCUGUGUGUGAGGGAAGCCACCAAAUUCGCCGCGGAUCACUGCAGGUCUGGAAAGGGCCCGAUUAUCAUGGAGCUCCAGACUUACCGUUACCAUGGACACAGCAUGAGUGACCCUGGCAUCAGUUACCGUACGCGUGAGGAGAUCCAGGAGGUGCGCAGUAAGAGUGACCCCAUCUCCAUGCUGAAGGACCGCAUGCUCAACAACAACAUGGCCAGCGUGGAGGAGCUCAAGGAGAUCGACGUCGAGGUGAGGAAGGAGAUUGAAGAUGCAGCCCAGUUUGCCACCACCGACCCUGAACCCCCCCUGGAGGAUCUGUGCAACCACAUCUUCCACAAUGAGCCCCCCCUGGAGGUGCGGGGCACCAACCCGUGGGUUAAACUGAAGUCCGUCAGCUAAAGACCUGGAAAUAUACCUCCUACAGACACCCCUUCUACCCCUUCUACCCCCCCAAACCCCCCCGACCCCCAGAACACUCCCGUAGACUUUCUCUUUACCCCCAAAGCCCACCUACACCCCCCCCCCACUGACCGCUCCUUCAGAGAAGGAGCGGUCAGUUCCCUCGGCGCCGUUAAAGCCGCGGUCCUGCUCUGUUCCCUCGGCGCCGUUAAAGCCGCGGUCCUGCUCUGUUCGACCGGGGGCCUGGCUCAGUUCGACCGGGGGUGGGCUUAGUCCGGAGGUGCCCGGUGUUCUGCGUCCGGCUGCGCGGUGAUCAGUCCGGCUGUGGGGAGAUGAAGGUGAAGUGCUGAGUCUAACGCAGCUGUGUGUUUGCGCUGUUGUGUUCCUGCAGGAGAUCGACGUCGAGGUGAGGAAGGAGAUUGAAGAUGCAGCCCAGUUUGCCACCACCGACCCUGAACCCCCCCUGGAGGAUCUGUGCAACCACAUCUUCCACAAUGAGCCCCCCCUGGAGGUGCGGGGCACCAACCCGUGGGUUAAACUGAAGUCCGUCAGCUAAAGACCUGGAAAUAUACCUCCUACAGACACCCCUUCUACCCCUUCUACCCCCCCAAACCCCCCCGACCCCCAGAACACUCCCGUAGACUUUCUCUUUACCCCCAAAGCCCACCUACACCCCCCCCCCACUGACCGCUCCUUCAGAGAAAUACUUCAUGCAAAGAUGCUAAUUCUAAUGCUAAGAUCACUAAUAAAUGCCCACAGCCCCUGAAGGGUUCUCUGCACGGUGAAAUGAUUGGGGUUCUUCAGAUUAAUGGGGAACACGCUGUAGAUGGUUCUAUAUAGCGCCAGAAAGGGUUCUUCUAUUUUUACGAUGUCAGCUUUAUUACAGUAGAGGAACCCGUUCUGGUACUAUAUACACCCAUUUUUCACAAAGGUUCUAUAGUAUAAAUAGAUGUAGUAGUUCUGUACAGAACCAUGUUCUUUACUAAAGAACCCUUGAAGAACCAUUCUUAUAAAAUGUGUAGCAGUUAGCAUGCUGAUUCCCUUCGUUCGCGUUUUUGAGGUGAAGUAUUUCCGUCGGCACAGCCGCGGCGCUCAGCCCACAAACCGGCCGGUCGUCUCUGCAGCGGAACGUCCUCCGUCUAAACGUUCCUCAUGCCUGUCCGCCAAGCGUGCUUCCUGACCAGCCUUCUGUUCCGUCUGUCUUCACCUUCCAAUCGUCACGUGUACAAUCAGCCGAGCCAGGCUCCGCCCACCAAUGUUUUCCUUUGAAGCUACUGUUCGUGAGACUAGCAUGGUUACGAGCGCGUUAGCACGGUGGCUAAUUCACUGCUGCCUGGUCGUCGAUGAGCUACGACGCCAGAACACGAAGAACGCGUGUAGCGCCCAGUUCAGCGAGUGCGUUUACAUGCACUUAAUAAUCCGAUCACUGCAGAACAUCUUGAGUAAUCAGAUAAAGAGAAACUCCAGGUCUGCGUGAAUCAGACGGUAAUCAGAUAAAGAGAAACUCCAGGUCUGCGUGAAUCAGACGGUAAUCAGAUAAAGAGAAACUCCAGGUCUGCGUGAAUCAGACGGUAAUCGGAUAAAGAGAAACUCCAGGUCUGCGUGAAUCAGACGGUAAUCGGAUAAAGAGAAACUCCAGGUCUGCGUGAAUCAGACGGUAAUCGGAUAAAGAGAAACUCCAGGUCUGCGUGAAUCAGACGGUAAUCGGAUAAAGAGAAACUCCAGGUCUGCGUGAAUCAGACGGUAAUCGGAUAAAGAGAAACUCCAGGUCUGCGUGAAUCAGACGGUAAUCGGAUAAAGAGAAACUCCAGGUCUGCGUGAAUCAGAUAAAGAGAAACUCCGGCUCUACACGGAUCAGACGGUAUUUCUCACAGAAGAGGACGUGAUGUAAACUUUUUUUUUUUUAUAAGUAUCGCGUCACUUUACCUGGAAAUAAGAUCAGACAUCGUCUAGCCGAUGAAGAAUAUUUCAGUCCAUCGUUUCGUCCAGCGUGUAUUUGGUUUCAGCGUCGCUCUGAAAGUGUUCGGCUGCGUCUCGCGGCGACGCUGCUGCUCGUUUCCGGUGCCGCCGUCUGUUUUCACACACGCUCAGACUGAGGAGUCUGACUACUGAGCUAAAGUCCAGCCUCUUAAUCGGAUUUCUGGAUCGGAGAUGUUUACACGACCAUUUGAAUAAUCCGAUAUCUGCAGGUAUCCGAUAUUGAUCGGAUCACUGAGUGCAUGUAAACACGCUCGUUGUUUUGAUGCUAUGGUAACGAGCUAAUCGAAGCUAUGCUCGCUGAAAAUGAGCAAGUUAGCCACUAAGCUAACGUUAGCUUGGUUACACAACAGGCGAAACUGGGUCUGCCGCUUUUCACCCCACACAAAAUAAACGAAUAAUCCACGGAGAAUUUGCAUAUUUUAACAAGGCGACGACCGAGCUAGGCCGAAACGCGUUUGUGGGCGGAGCCUGGAGAGUGGUUGUGUUUUGCAUGUGGUCGUGUGUCUUAAAGGGUUAAAACCCAGUAGUAUUUAUCCCCGCGUCGUCGGGUGUGACCAGCGACGGAGCGGUCAGUGCCGGUGUGUCUGCUACUGGACGUAUGAGGGAGUGGUUUAUUACUCAUAUGAAUAUUUAAAGGGAUUUCAUUGAAAAUUGCCAACAAUCCUGUUGCCUGUUCGGCUGAAUAAAUUACUGGGUGCAUUUCUGUAGAUUUAAAUACAAGGAACUGUCUCUUUAAAGUGCACAGAAUUCUGGGAAAUGUAGUUUUGGUACAGUUGACUGGUGUAUAUGCGCUCUCUCUCUCUCCCUGUCUCUCUCUCUCCCUGUCUCCGCCUCUCUCCCUGUCUCCGCCUCUCUCCCUGUCUCCGCCUCUCUCUCCCUGUCUCUCUCUCUCUCUGUCUCUCCUCUCUCUCUCUCUCUCUCUCUCUCUCUCUCUCUCUCUCUCUCUCUCCGCCUCUCUCUCUCUCUCUCUCUCUCUCUCUCUCUCUCUCCCUCCCUCUCCCUGUCGGUUUUUAAGUGCUUUUAUCUGAGAAAACUAAAUGAGUUUUGCCAAAUCUUCAGUAAAGCUGUCGACUCGGUCUCUGGAAGACGCUGCAGUGAAUAAAAACAUCUCGUGCUGGUGACUGGGGUCAAAAGGUCAUGACCAGCAUGUUGACCAGGUGGUCAGACAGUGCAAUUAAAAUAAUAAAAGUACAGCUGUGUGUUUUACA